AUGAGAUUCUUUGCUCUCUCUGUUCUUUCCCUCGUCGGUGCCGGCAUGGUCUCUGCUCUACCAAGCGAGAACUUCUCCGUCAAGCGCGGAGAGUCUACCGAAGACAAGGUCAACGCUGCCGCUGCCGCUCUGGCCGGCAAGAAGCUCGAGCAUGAAUCCGAGACCUCGAAGUGUGUUGGCCCUCUGCUGUGCUGUGGCUCUCUGACCACCCCUCUCGACCCUGUCGUCGAUCCUCUCCUGUUGGCCCUCGGCGUUGAUGCCGCCAGCAUCGUUGGAUCCGUCGGUCUUCUCUGCCACGGAUACGAUUCCAAGUGUGACUCUGAGCCCCAGUGCUGCACAGAGGCCAACCUCUUGGGUGGCACCGUGGCUCUUGGUUGCGCAGCUCUCAAGAAAUGA